CAAAACCAAUGUUUUUAUUGCUUCUCCUCCAAAACAAAAACAAAUUGAAUAUUCUUCAUAUCUCAUCCCACUCUUCAAUCUUGUAGUUGACUUGCAACUAAAGAAAAAUCAACCUCUCCCCUCUCCCCUCACCAAUGAAAAUCAUUUGAUUAAACCCAUUUCUUCUUUUCCAUCGAAGACCGCACCAAACCCCGUUAUGUUCCUUUGCUGAACACCACACACAGCCCCCAUUUCAAGCUGCUUCCUUCGUUUUCUCGACCUUUCUUUCUCUUUCUCGGGAAAGACAGGACGACCUAGAAAACAGAGUGAUUGGUUUUGUUUGAUGGGCGUGUUUUCGACUCAAAGAGGCUCGAGAACAGCGAUGACCCAAGACGGCUUGCCGGUCUCUGGUGGGGUUUCGACGGCGCCCAAGAGAAAAUGGUCCAAUCUGAUGCCUCUCUUUGUGAUCCUUGUGGUCAUAGCGGAGAUCGCCUUCUUGGGUAAGCUUGACAUCGCAAAGAACACAGCUUUAGUCGAUUCGUGGGCCGACUUGUUCUCCCCGGCUCCGUUGAUUCAUGAAGUGGUGGUGGAGAGUGAUGAUUUGGGCUUCCUGAGUUGCGAGGAGUGGUUGGAGAGAGAGGAUGCUGUAGAGUAUUCCAGGGAUUUUGAGAAAGAACCCAUUUUGGUUUCCGGUGAUGAGAAGGAUUGGAAAUCUUGUUCUGUGGGAUGCCAGUUUGGAUUCAAUCCCAGCAAAAAACCCGAUGCUGCUUUUGGCUUAGCUCACCAAACUGGGACAGCCAGUGUUCUCCGAUCCAUGGAAUCAGCUCAAUACUAUGCAGAGAACAAUCUUGCUUAUGCACGACGGAGGGGAUAUAAUAUUAUUAUGACAACCAGUCUCUCAUCGGAUGUUCCAGUUGGAUAUUUUUCUUGGGCUGAGUACAACAUCAUGGCACCUGUCCAGCCAAAGACUGAGACUGCCCUUGCAGCUGCAUUUAUUUCCAACUGUGGUGCCCGCAACUUCCGCUUGCAAGCCCUUGAAGCACUUGAAAGUGCUAAGAUCAAGAUAGAUUCUUAUGGUGGUUGCCACAGAAACCGUGAUGGAAAAGCAGUGGACAAAGUUGAAACUCUGAAGCGCUAUAAAUUUAGUUUGGCCUUUGAGAAUUCCAACGAGGAGGAUUAUGUUACUGAGAAAUACUUCCAAUCUCUUGUUGCUGGGUCUAUACCUGUGGUGGUUGGAGCUCCGAAUAUUGAAGAUUUUGCUCCUGCUCCUGGUGCAGUUUUACAUAUUAAGGAGAUAAACGAUGUUGAACCAGUUGCCAAGAGAAUGAAAUACCUUGCAGAUAAUCCUGAAGCAUAUAAUCAGUCAUUAAGGUGGAAAUAUGAGGGUCCAUCCGAUUCCUUCAAGGCCCUUGUGGACAUGGCUGCAGUACAUUCAUCAUGCCGUCUUUGCAUUCACCUGGCAACGAUGAUUCGCGAGAAAGAAGAAAUGAGCCAAGGGUCCAGAAGUCGACCUUGCAAGUGCACCAGAGGCUCAGCAGUUGUCUAUCACUUAUAUGUAAGAGAAAGAGGGAGGUUCGGGAUGGAAUCUAUUUUCUUAAGGUCUGGCAAUCUGACUCUUGGAGCUUUUGAGUCUCUGGUGCUCACAAAAUUCAAGUCUCAGAAACAUGUGCCGAUUUGGAAAGAGGAAAGACCUGAAAGCAUAAGAGGAGGAGACGAUUUUAAAAUAUAUAGAAUAUACCCUGUUGGCAUGACACAGAGGCAAGCCUUAUAUACCUUCAGAUUUAAUGGGGAUGCUGAUUUUAGAAGACAUGUUGAAAGCAACCCAUGUGCAAAGUUUGAAGUCAUACUUGUUUAGCGUGAAAAAUAUAACAUUAUGUCAACUUUAAGAAUGGAUAUACUGAUUUUAGCAGUUCUCUAUUGAUAAUAUUUGUCGGGAGAUAUCAACGUGAUCUCAUUUGGGCAAUUUGUUAUGCCCUUUUGUGCACGCUGAUUGUUACAGGAGUCGGUGAACUGCAAGAUCUUUAGGGAAGAAGGUGACAUAGAUUAUUGAUGGCAAGCACGUUUGUGCUGCUAAUUGUGGACCCUUUACACCAGGUGAAGGAAAAAAACGGGUUGUAGUUCAGAUUUUAACCUAUUGGGUGGGAGAUUCUAAUCUUCCCUAGUGGAGUUAAUCAAGGAAAUUGAAAGUUUUUUAUUUU